UCACAGACACUGUGCUGUGCCUUUUCGGAUUUCCGAGAGAUAAUUAAGAUGGCAACGGAGGAGGAGGAGACGAUCCUGGCCGUCCAUUCACCCACCGACGACUCCGACGGCGAGGAUGACCACCUCUCAGCCAGACGGAUGUCACAGCUCUCCAUCGAGACUUCAGAGGGGGAGGUUGCUGACGGGGAGCUCUCCGACAAUGAUGAUGUUCAUGAGUCACCGUCGCCGGUCGUAGUGUUUGGGUCGCUCCCAGUGACUCCGGUGAGGAGGAGGAGAGGGAGGCGAGGGAAAGGGAGAGAUGGGUGGGUGGAGAGGCAGUGGGAGAGACGGCGGAAGAGAGAGGAGGGAGAGUGUCGGCUGCUCGUCCGACGAAACGGACGGCCAGGAUGCAUUACCAUGGAUAUUGAUGAAGUGAAGGCUUGUCGGGAACUUGGGAUCGAACUCCAGCCGUUGGAUUGGACUGUCGGCUUCUCGGGAUCUGCGCUGGAUACAAGCAGCGGUGGAGAUUCUCCUGUUCCUAACUGGAGGAUCUCCAAUCCAGGUGAUAAUCCGGAGGACGUGAAGGCCAGGCUGAAGAUGUGGGCACAUGCUGUGGCACUGGCUUCAUCAACCAGCUUCAGCGGAUGAGAACCAUUUCCAUUUAUCCCUUAAUUUUGUACAUUAUAUAUAUAUAUAUAUAUAUAUAUGGUUAAUUAGGUUGAGACUGUUGUAAUUACAGUUUGAAUUUUUUGAGUAAGCAUUUUGGUUGUCUUGUAACCUGUGCAUCUUUUGUUCUAAUCAAUGUUUUCGUAAUCGGACCGGAAAAUGAACCGGCCAAACAA